AUGUUCCAGCGCAUCGACUUCAGCCUUUCUGGCGCAUCGGCCGUGACGCCGCUCUCGCUGGCCGUCGCGGCGGCGGCGCUCCUCGCGUCGUACGUCGUCUACAACCUCUACCUGCACCCGCUCGCCGGCCUCUCCGGGCCCUUCAUGUCUCGCAGCGGCCUGUGCUCCUUUCUGCUCCUCCGCGCGCUCAAGAUGGACUACGUCCCCGCCACCAAGGCGCUGUUUGAGCGCUACCCGGGCGCGCGCCACAUCCGCAUCGGGCGCAACCGCAUCCUCACCGUCGACCCGGACACGGUGCAGCAGGUCUACGGCCUCAAGACGCGCUUCGCCAAGUCGGAGCUGUACAGCUUCAUCAAGCCGGGCAAGCAGGAGUCGCUCUUCACGACGCGCGACUUUGAGCGGCACGCGCGGCUGCGCUCCCAGUGCGGCGCCGCGUACGCCAUGAAGGCGCUGCUCGAGCUCGAAGGGUGCGUCGACGCCAACCUCGCCACGCUGCUCGACAACCUCGACGCCGACGCCGACGCCGGCAGGCCCGUCGACCUCGAGCAGGUGUUUCGCUUCUUUGCCGUCGACGUCGUCACCGACCUCGGCUUCGGCCAACCGCUCGGCCUGAUCAAGGCGAGGCGCGACAUGCUGGGCGUGGCGAAUGCCAUCUACGUCAACCUCAACCGCGCCGUCGCGCUGGCCGCCGUUCCGGAGCUGGGAAAGCCCAUCAUGCGCGCCAUCCGCAUGUUUAGCGACCCGGCGUCGCAGCUCGUCUCGUGGGCCGUCGAGUGCGUCCAGGCGCGGCUGCGGCGCGGCGACACGGAGCGCAAGGACAUGCUCUCGACCUUUAUGCGGUCCAAGGACUCGGCGACGGGCAAGGACCUCUCGCUGGGCCAGCUGCUCAUCGCCGCCCUGCCCGUCCUCACGGCCGGCAGCGAUACGACGGCGGCCACGCUGGCGGCCUUUAUCGCCUGGACCCACGAGCGGCCCGAGGUGGUGCAGAGGCUACGCGACGAGGUCGACGAGUCGGGCCUGAGCAUGCCGCCCACGUACGCCGAGUCGGUCAAGCACCUGCCCUACUUCCACGCGUGCCUCAAGGAGGUGAUGCGCCUGCAGGCGGCCGUCUGCUACGGCCUUCCCCGCCUGCCGCCCGCCGGCGGCGCUGUGCUGGGCGACGGCCUGUACGUGCCCGAGGGCACCGAGGUGACCAUGUCGAGCUGGCACUACCACCGCACCGCCGCGGCCUACGGCGACGACGCCCGGCAGUUCCGGCCGGAGCGUUGGAUGACCGACGACGAGGACGAGCGGCGCCAGCUGGAGCGGCACAACUUUUCGUUUGGCGGCGGCGCGCGCAUCUGCAUCGGCCGCCACAUUUCCAUCAUGGAGAUGUCAAAGGCGCUGCCGACGCUGCUGCAGCGCUACAAGCUCACCUUUACCAAGCGCCAGCCUGGAAGCCCGCACGAGCACCGCACGGGCCGGUCGGUCGAGGGCGAGGAGGGAGACGAGUUUCCCUACUUUGCGCUCACCAGCUUCCUCGUCUACCUGCUCGACUUUUGGGUCGACAUCGAGCGGCGCGAGUGA